UGUCUAUUGUCCUCCAUCAGCGAGCGAAGCGAGCGGGUGAUGAUGACUUGUUGCUUUUCAGUUUUCAAUUCGACAAAAUCGCUCGAAUCCACGUGAUAACACCCGUUUUUUCGAAUGCAUGGGGUUGGGGUAUUUGUCAUUGUGUAUUUUUGCAGGAAACAGCACAUUUUGACCUAUUACGCUAUCAUUAAAAUUUUAAACACUACCAUGGAAGACACUUAUAACACACACAGGGUGAAAGACAACUGUCGCUUUGACUUCGGAUCGGGCGACGAUGACCUGGAGGCAAUGGAGCGCGAGUUUCUCAGCAGUAAAACCAAGCCGGCAGCAAAGGUCAUUCGUCGCAGCCAGGCACCAGAGAUUGUCGAAACAGUGCACAGAAAAGCACCGGUUUCUGACAUUGUCGCACCGCCAAGCCUGCCGAGCCUGUUAUUAAGCCCACCCAGGAUGCAGAAACAAUGGUUUGGAACCGACAGGCGACAUGUUGGCUUUGCGCAGCGUAUGAACGACGCCAUCAAAGAGUUUGAGGUCAAGGAGCGCCUGGCCGAACAUGACAGUGUUUCCAAGGCGCGCACAAAUGAGGGGCACCCGCGCGAAGAACCAAAAAAGCUUUCGCUGUUUGCACAGCGCAGGCUGGCCAAGCAAUCCCAGAACGGAGGGACGGUGGCUAUGGACAGAACUGUGUACACCACACCAGGGGCCAGUGCAAAUAACCACAGUCUCGCGGCAACAUUUAUGCCCAAGCUAAUGGCGCCUGUGCCCGAGCAUUCUGUAGUUGAUCCGCUAAAGCUGCGCGAAGCAGCAGACAAGCAGGGUAGUGCUUAUUGGGCCGGGAUGCGCGAUCAAGUCUCACAGGAAAAUGAGGAUCGACUUAGGAACAUGUCUGCCGAGGAAAUUCUCGAGGCGCAGAAUAAUGUGAAGCAUGGCAGUGGCAGUACUGAAAGUGAAAGCGAAAUCAUUGCCGAACCUGAAGAAAAUAAUAAUGCCAAAUUGCCCAAGCAGGUUCGGUUUGCCGAGCCAGGCUCAAGUAUGGAUGGUCCGGUGACUGGUGACCCGAAAUCCACUCUGCCGCCGCCUCCGCCGCCAGCAGAGUGGGUUGACGAGCCGGCACUGAAAUACCCAGAUCGCGGCGUAGGUACUAUUGACGUCGACAACAACGAGACUGGUGCUGACAGCGAGUUUUACACCGACAUGAAACGCAAGUAUUUUCCCUCAGAGAUGGUCGAGGAGGCCAAACUCGCGUGGAUUCUGGGUCACAACCAGGCAAGAUCGCCCAUGGAGCAUGCUGAGAACCUCUUGGCAAGGCCCAUAUCUCACGUUCGCUUUGCAUUCGACGGCCAGAUUAUGACAGAGGAGCAGUCAGAGAUUCCAACCCAAGCUGGCCUACACCACCACGGAGAGGACCCCGACAAGCCAGGCUACACGAUUCCAGAGCUCCUGCAUUUGUCUCGAAGCACUAGGUCUGUAUCCAUAUCGUCCCUUGGGUGCAUUUUGCACAAGAUCAAUGUUGGAGCUUGGGAGGUUGCUCAGUCAGUAGAGGUGUAUUUGGGCCUGGUUGACUGGCAAGCUGAGCUUUAUUUUGCGCAUGGCAUUGCCGAUUCCAACAAGACUUGCCGCGCCGAGGCAACUGUGGCGCUGUGGACGUGGGUUGUUGAGAUGUCAAAGUACAAAAGUCUCGUGAGGCUGGCAACGGGCGGGGAUGUGGAGGCUCAGGGUGCAGCGAUCCCCGGGUCAGAGAUCAAUAUGCUCCCGCAGCCAGGCGUGCUGGUGAACCGCACAUUCAAGGCAUUCAGUGCCAUUCUUACGCCGCGUUUAUGGACAAUUUCGCUGAUGCCAGACCAACAGCUGACGCUGCUCGCGGAAUGCAUAAAGUGCCUAAUGGACAUGUCCGACGAUUUUGCGAGCGCAUCCGCGGGCAUGGCAAACUGUCGAUUCUUUUGCAGAACAAAUACCCUUACUUGAUGAAUAAGUGAGACUUGUCCUUUUCUACUUUUUUGUAUACAAUAUAUUAGGUGGUGUAUUGAG